AUUUGUAGAAGGAUUAUAAUUUUUGUUUCUUUUUAUUAGAUGUUUGUAAUUCUAUAAAUUUACGUAAAUAAAGAGGAUUUUAAAAUACAACAGACCAAGUCCCCAUUUAACCCAAAGCCCCAGGAACCAGACGUUCCAGUUUUUAUAUUACUGUUAUUUCCAGGAGCUCUCCCAGGGGGUUCAGGUUUGAAAUUUUAGAACCUUUGAAGCUGGCUGUCCUGCCCUAUUUACAGCCUGGGAUUUGAAAUGGCUCCCUUAAAAUGUUCCCUCUUUCCACAACCAAGGGUCGCUCUGGGUCAUACUUGCUCCUGUUCCUCUGAAAAGCCCCUUGGCCUCCUUCACGGGGACAUCCCUCUGUUAUAUAAUGUAAUGCCUUGGUGAACCCAAGCUGGGUCUGAUUUAGCCCUUUCAGUUAGGCAUGAUAACCCUUAAGCCCGAAGCUCCCUCCCAAUAUCAGUGCCAAACUGGCCCCCCUUUUCAGUUAGCUGUAGAUUUCCUUGGGAGCUGUCAGAACGGACAAAAUCUCUUUGGGCUGCAGACGAGCUAAAGCAAGGCUGGACUGGAGAACAAGCAUUCAGCCCUUAGCCCAACUUUCCCAUAAACUGGUUUGAGAGGAGCUCAGGAGACGAAGCCAGAAGGUGGCAUUCCAGGUAUGUCGCUGAGAAUUUGAAUAUUCUAGGUGUGUGCGAGAAAGCUAAAAGUAAGAGCUGUUCAACAGUGGAACGGACUCCCUUGGGAGGUUGUGGACUCUCCUUCCUUGGAGGUUUUUAAGCAGAGCUAGGCUGGCCUCCUGUCAUGGAUGCUUUCAUUGAGAUUCCUGGACUGGAUGACCCUGGGGUCCCUUCAAGUUCUACAGUUCUACAAUUCUAAAAGCACACUCCCUGAUUCUCGAUACAUGUGAGAUGCGCUAUUUAUCAUACCACCUACAGUAAAUCCCAUUUGGUUUCAUAGGGCAUGCUCCCUGGUGUGUCUGUGUGUGUCUGUCUCUCUGUGUGUAGGAUUCCAGACUGAGCUGCAAUCUGGAAAACAUCCUUAAGGUGCCUUAGGCAAGCUUCUUUCUCCCAGCCUUCAUACACCACCCCCCACAUCUGUCAUAUGGAGGUAAUAAUACUAUUUGAAGUUUGGGGAGGGGUUAGUCUAAAUGCUACCUGAGGUGCUCCACAUAGCCCUGUAAUUCUUGGUUGUCAAACUGAGGUUUCAGUUAACAGAAUAGGUGGCAUUGGUUGUUGUUGUGGAAAGGUCAAUGAUUGUUUUUAGAGAGGAAUUUCAAAGGGAAGCCCUAGAAUGCAGUGGCGUAGCAUGUCUUCAUAGCGCCCGGGAUGGUUGCCCCAGGUUGCAUGGAGGGCAACAUGAGGAGGACGCAGCAGGCUGGGCAUGCCUCCUUCCAACCAGUCCAAUCGGAGGAGCACAAGACUCUUGCUUCUUCCUCAUUCCCUGCCAGCCCCACACUGCUUUGUGAGGCUGGGAUGUGGGAUCGGACUCACAAAGCAUUGCAGGGCUGCUAGGGACCAGGUGAGGAGCAAAGUGCUCCCUCGGAAAAACUGCGCCUGGGGCAAGGGCCCCCUUCAGUCUGCCCAUGCUACGCCUCUGUCGCAGUGAAACUGCUACAUCACAAGAUCCUAUCUCCAUUUCUGGCAUUUCAUUUCCUUCUGACCCCACACCCCUGUAAUUGAGAAUCACGCCAUGUUUGUGAUGAUAUAGACUCUAGUUCAGCACGUCUUGUGCGGGAAUAGCCAAUGUUUGGUCCUUUGAAGUGCCUCAGGACUCUCUCAGGUUUUUGUUCUUGGUCCUCAUCAGAACAACUGAUUCAGCAAAGCCAUUAUUAGCUCCUGAUCAAGGCUGCAAUACUAAACCCAAUUAACAGUGGGUGGGUGGGGAUGACUACAUGCUAUUUAAUCCAAUGCAGCUGGCUUCGGAGCAGCCAUAGGACUGCAGAUCACAACAUUGUCAACUUGGGAAGUGGGCCUCAUACGAUUACAGCUGCUACCUGGGAGCAAGGCACAUAAAGAUUAUGUUCACUGCCUCUGAUCUUGGUGUAUUUGAUCUGCUGAUGGAAUCCAAGGAACCAUUGACUUCAGUGUCUAUUGCCGAACGUCUGGGUACCAGUCCCUUUGGGAUGGAGAGACUGCUGGAUGCCUGUGUUGGCUUAAAGUUCCUGCAAGUGGAGAGGAAGGACAACCAAACACUUUAUGGAAAUACCGAGCUUGCCAAUCUCUACCUUGGCAAAAGAAGCCCAAAGACUCAGUAUUAUUCUUUGAAGUUCAAUGCUGAAUUUGUCUAUACGAGAGCCCAGCACCUGGCUGAUUCUGUGAGGGAAGGAGAGGCUCAGACAUAUAGAUUAAGUGACAGUUCUACAAAAAAUUUCUAUGAGGCUAUGUACAGAACAGAGAGCGGCUUGCGAGAAUUCAUGGAGUUUAUGCGUGAGAUGUGGAGUCUGUGUGGUCGAGAUGUGUUGAAUGCCUUUGAUCUCUCUCAUUUUCCACUCGUUUGUGAUGUGGGAGGAUGUAGUGGUGCCCUCGCAAAGGAAUAUAUUUCAUUGUAUCCAAAUUCUACAGUGACCAUUUUCGACCUACCUGAAGUAGUGGAAACAGGAAAGAAGCAUUUUGUCUCCUCAGAGGAACACCGGAUUACAUUUCAUGAAGGUGAUGCUUUUAAAGAUCCAAUUCCAGAAGCUGACCUGUAUAUUUUGGUUAGGAUCCUACACUGCUUUAGUGAGGAGAAGUGUGUGCAGCUGCUAACCAGACUGCACAAAGCCUGCAAGCCUGGUGGUGGAGUUCUAGUAGUGGAAAUAGUUCUCAAUGAAGACAGAACAGGGCCAUUCGAAGCUCAUAUGUAUGCUGUGGUCAUGCUGCUUGUUACUCAAGGGAAAGAACGGACCCCGUCAGAGUACAAUGCGCUUCUCAGUGCCGCCGGCUUCAAGGAUAUUCAGCAAAAGAAAGCAAUCCUCUUUGAUGCCAUUUUAGGAAGAAAAUAAUGUUGACCAAAACAUUCUAUGAGUGCCGUGUGACUGAACGGAUAUAUUUGAGCCUGAUUCUUUGCAGCCAUAACCAAGCAUGCUUGCUACCCUGGAUCUUAGCCAAAAGGCCAAGAAGCGAUGGAACUGAACGUUUUUAACUGCUAUACUGUACUUUGGCAAAUCGUCGCUAUGUGGAAAUAUUUCGCACCCUUUAGCAUUACGGUUGGAUUCUAAGAGAAACUAAGACAAUAAUAAAAAUGGCUAUAUCUAAACCGCUGUUGUAUUAGUAGUUGUCAUAUUUUUUAUAGCAGUGUUUCUCCAGCUGUUUUUAAACUACAACUCCCAUCAUCCCCAGCUACCAGUGGACAGGGAUGAUGGGAAUUGUAGUUCCAAAACAGCAAGUUGGGGAAACACUGAUUUAUAAGUUGGUUUCAUAGAGAGAUCUUGAAGCAGUUUCCUUCUUCUAGAUGGAAGUUGGUUGGUUGGUUGGAGCUGAUGGGAGUUGAAGUCCAGCAACAUUAGGGAGGCCACAAAUUCCCCAUCCUUGUCUUAGAGUAUUGGACCAGGGCCACAGGAAGCUCCCAUGUGCAAAGUAGAGAAGGUGUGAUUUAGUUGGUGAUCAUCAUCCUUGUGGGCUCUGGCUAGACCAGGCAUCCCCAAACUUCGGCCCUCCAGAUGUUUUGGACUACAAUCCCCAUCAUCCCUGACCACUGGUCCUGUUAGCUAGGGAUCAUGGGAGUUGUAGGCCAAAACAUCUGGAGGGCCGCAGUUUGGGGAUGCCUGGGCUAGACCAUUCCUACAAGCUGUAGGUUCCAUUGUGGCAGGAAGGACUGCAUCCAAACUGGCCUUGACUCUCAUGUUGCUUGCCAAAUUCCUUUGCUUGCUUGAUCCCAGUGGAGACUGAACCAGUACAGCAAAUAAGGCACUGCUCUCCACUCAGACAGGCCCCUGCCCCUGCCUGCCUGCCUUCUUACUUACAGGAAGACCAGGGGAUGGCAGUGGCUUUCCUGUUCCUCCUACUGGGUCUUAGUGUUUUCACCUCCAACAGGGAGGAAGAUGGGGACAAAGCUGGAAUGAGCUGGCUCUGGCUCCAUUGAUCAUUGGCUCUGGGUCCACCUCCAUUUGGCCUUCCUGCCUCGCACCCUACAAGUCUCAAUGGGCACCAGCCACCUCUGCUGGAUCCUUUGUCAUAAUGGAAUAUAUUAUAGACCUCAACCUUGUGACUGCCUUCACAAUAUCAUUCAAUCUGUGCAUUUC